GGGCUGUAGUAGUUCAUUCCAAGCAGCGGAGCAGAGGGAGAGGAGCAGAGCAACGGAGAGAAGAAACGAAAAGCUCUGUGUUUAACAAAGUUCAGAGUGUGUUUCACUCCAGGCACUCUGACACUAACUCACUCUCAGUGGGGCCUCGUUGUGACUAUUUCUCCUGCGUGAAGACGGGACGGUGAGGAGAACCGGGACCGACCGACCGGGCGCAGCCUGCCACUCACAGCCGCCUGUCCUCUCUCAUCAUCCGCCGGGGUUUGAGACCUAUUUUUUAUUUUUUGAGCGGUCCUAAAGAAAAGUUUACUAUGCUUGAACCGGCGGUUUAAUUCUACAGCGGCUGAGAUGCUGCCUGCGGAGUUUGAUGCUGUUUCCAUCCCAUAGCCUGGAAGUCAUCUGUUUGGAUAUAUCAUCAUCACCACUGGGACCGACCUUAUCUACCUAUGAAACAUCUGAGUGUAUAAUGGAGUACCGCCACACUUCGGUUCCCCUACUGGUUUUAUGUGCACUCACAACUUUGGCAUAUGGAUCCCGACCCAGGUUAGAGGAUGCGCCUCCUCGGAUCGUAGAGCACCCGUCUGAUCUGAUCGUGUCCAAGGGCGAGCCGGCCACCCUCAACUGUAAGGCAGAGGGACGGCCGACGCCGAUGGUGGAAUGGUACAAAGACGGCGAGCGCGUCGAGACGGACAGAGAGGACCCUCGGUCCCACCGGAUGCUAUUACCCAGCGGCUCCCUCUUCUUCCUGCGCAUCGUACACGGCAGGCGAAGCAAACCCGACGAAGGCGUCUACGUGUGCGUGGCGCGCAACUACCUGGGCGAGGCGGUCAGUCGCAAUGCAUCGCUGGAGGUGGCAAUUUUAAGAGAUGACUUCCGUCAAACGCCGAGUGAUGUGGUGGUAGCAGCAGGUGAGCCGGCUGUCAUGGAGUGUAUCCCCCCCAGAGGCCAUCCUGAGCCCACCAUCUCCUGGAAGAGAAACAACAUCCGGGUCAAUGACCGAGAUGAGAGGAUCACUAUGCGAGGAGGUAAAUUGAUGAUUUCCAACACCAGGAAAAGCGAUGCUGGCAUGUAUGUGUGCGUUGGAACCAACAUGGUGGGAGAGAAAGACAGCGAUCCUGCUGAGCUGGUGGUGUUUGAGAGGCCUGUGUUCACCAAACAGCCGGUGAACCAGGUGGUGUUGGCAGACGACACGGUGGACUUCUUCUGCGAGGUGCACGGAGACCCGACUCCGACUGUCCGCUGGCGGCGAGAGGAGGGAGAGUUACCCCGGGGCAGAUUUGAGAUCCGCAGCGACAACAGUCUGCGUCUGACCCAGGUGCGAGGUGAGGACGAAGGCACUUACACCUGCGUGUCAGAGAACAGCGUGGGCAAAGCCGAGUCAUCGGGGAGCCUGCAAGUGCACGUGCCCCCUCAGAUCGUCGUAAGGCCGCGGGACCAGAUCACAGCCCCGGGUCGCACCGUAACCUUCCUCUGUGGCACCAAAGGGAACCCUCCGCCAGCAGUCUUCUGGCAAAAAGAAGGCAGCCAGAUCCUGCUGUUCCCCAUCCAGGAGCCGUCCCAGUCGGGCCGUUUCUCCGUGUCGCUGAGCGGCGAGCUCACCAUCACCGACGUCCAAGUGGAAGACUCCGGCUACUACAUCUGCCAGGCCAUCAGCGUGGCCGGCAGCAUCCUGACCAAAGCCCUGCUAGAGGUGGAAAGUGCACCUUCAGACCGCCUCCCGCCUAUCAUCCGACAGGGCCCAGCAAAUCACACAUUAGCACCUGGCUCCACCGCUCAGCUGCACUGCCACAUCAUGGGAAACCCCAUCCCCAGCAUCCAAUGGGAGAAAGACAGCCAGAGGAUCCUUGGAAACGAUGGUAGAAUAAGCUUGAUGGAAAACGGCACCUUUCAAAUCACCAACCUCCAGGAAACGGACUCCGGGGUCUACACCUGCCUGGCUUCCAGCUCCAGUGGAGAGACGAGUUGGAGUGGAGUGCUCACAGUCAAAGAGAGUGCAGACCAGUCGGUCGCCCAGGCCACGGAGCCCUUCCAGCUGCCGGGUCCCCCGCACAAACCCAUCGUCACGGACGUGUCCAAGAAUAGCGUCUCUCUGACCUGGCAACCCAACGCCCACGAGGGUGGAGCCGCCGUCACCGCCUACAUCAUAGAGGCCUUCAGCCAAUCAGCCGGCAGCACGUGGCAGACUGUAGCCGACAUGGUCAAGAUGGAAACGCACACCAUCACCGGCCUCCUCCCCAACACCAUCUACCUGUUCAUCGUCCGAGCCAUCAACGCCUACGGCCUGAGCGACCCGAGCCCCAUCUCUGAGCCCGUCAGAACCCAAGAUGUGAGUCCUACGGGUCAGGGAGUGGACCACAGGCAAGUGCAGAGGGAGCUGGGAGAGGUGGCCGUCCAGCUGCAGGAGCCCGUCACCCUGACGACGUCCUCUAUCCGAGUGUCCUGGACUGUUGACCGUCAGUCUCAGUACGUCCAGGGCUACCGUCUCUUCUACCGACCCACCGGGGGAACCUGGCUCCUGCAGGACAUCAACUCCCCCUCGGAACGCAUCAGCGUCCUCACCAGCCUGCUCAAGGGAACCGAGUACGAGAUGAAAAUCCGUCCCUACUUCGACGAGUUCCAGGGGAGGGACAGCCGAACGUUACUGGUCCGAACCCCGGAAGAGGUCCCCAGUGCCCCACCCAGAGCUGUCACAGUGGUAACAGUGAAGCUAAGCAACAGCUCCAGCAUCAGCGUCUCCUGGGAGCCUCCGCCCAGCGAGAUGCAUAACGGCAUCAUCCAGGAGUACAGGGUUUGGUGUGUAGGCAGCGGCGGCGGCGAUAACCAGACACGCUACUACAUCAACAGGACGGUGGACGGGAACACGCUGUCCACAGCGCUGAAGGGCCUGGUGCCCGGCGUGCUCUACCAGGUGGAGGUGGCGGCAGUGACCAGCGCCGGCAUCGGCACCCGCAGUCAACCGGUGUCUGUCCUUAUCAAGCUGCCAGCUGAACAGCCAUCAGUGCCAGGCGGAGGAGGUGGCACCGGCGACGGGGGCGACGGCGGCGAGGAGAGCAGCGUGAGUCUGGCCGAGCAGAUCACCGACGUGGUCAAGCAGCCGGCGUUCAUCGCGGGUAUCGGCGGAGCCUGCUGGGUCAUCCUCAUGGGCUUCAGCGUCUGGAUCUACUGCCGGCGCAAGAAGAGGAAGGAGCUGAGCCACUACACCGCUUCGUUCGCCUACACACCAGCAGUUGGUUUCCCACAUGUAGAGGGAACAGGACUUAAUGGAAGGCCCGGCGUGCUGGGAGGCAACAUGGGCAACUACCCGUGGCUGGCAGACUCUUGGCCCACCACCAACCUGGUCCACAGCGGCAAAGAGGCAGUUAACUGCUGCACCAGCAAUCACGACACAGCUGAGAGAUACUACAAUGACGCAGGAAUCUCCAACUACCUGAAUCAGACGGAGAAGUACAGCAUGGGCGGCUCCACCGAAGGGCCCAUCUACAGCACCAUCGACGCCACCAACGAAGACCUGAACGGCUUCGCAUACGCCCAGCAUGCCUCCACCGCUCCCUACGCCUCCACCUCCAUCAUGCCUUUCACCAACCAGAUAGAGGCACCGUCCCACGGCGGGGAGCUGCAGGAGGACGGACACUGGAUCGCCCAGCCGGGGUCGUCAGGAGCUCAGUACGCCCAGCCGGACCGCUGCAAUGGUAGUAAGCCCAAGCAGAAGGCGAUGGGCAAGGCGGUCAAGACCCCGUCUUUGACCUGGAUGGAGGCGCUGCCCCCACCUCCCCCCAUUGGAGAGCUGGAACAGUGUGAGCGAGACGAGCAGCCUCCCGAGCAUGAGGACAUGGACAUAGGCUCGGACGAGGAGUGGUGUCCCCCCCUCCCUGAGAGGACCUACCUGAUGGAGGGCAGCGAGGAUGGACCCUGUCCCCCACAGAGGAACAACGCCUCCUCCCCCGCCACCUCCUACAGCCACCAGUCCACCGCCACGCUCACGCCGUCGCCCCGAGAGGAGAGCCGAGCACCCCAUGACCUCCCCCGCCUUAACCACGUCGACGGCCAGCAGCUCUUACGCAGAAGGUUACCCUGUGGUCCAGUGCCAGUUCCCCAGGCGCCGAGCCCGCUGCUCACCCAGUCCAACCCCAACCUCUCCGGCCAACAGCAUCACGGCUCACCGGAGGUUGGCACGCUGCAGUGCCAGAGCCCUGCCCAUCGUGGCCUCCACAGCCAGGGGCCGGCCCUGAACGACGACACCAACGGCGCCUCUACACCCGUGCACAGCCGCUCAUCCCCAGCAGAUGCAUGCACUCCUCCCAACCAAAAAUCACGCGUGAAAAAAAAGGUGUCAAAGAGUUCAGCGUACAGAAGAGACGUGCAAGGAGACCUGCCCCCGCCUCCGGAGCCGCCCCCAGGGGAGGACAGGUUGCGGGGCCCCCAGGGGUGCGCGGAGGCCGGCAACAUGGUGAACGGCGCUCCGUCCUCCCUGGAGAGGAGCGAAUACAGCAGCAGCAGCCACCAACGGAAAGGCUCGGGACAAAGACAAACCGACAAUGAGGAGUUGGUUCCGUACAGCAGUAAGGCCGGUUACCUCUCCAGGAGUCAGAUGUCCAGUAACUGCUCGACCACAGGAAGCUCCUCCUCCAGAGGCUCCACGGGCUCCCGAGGGCUCAACUCAGCCCGGAAACACACCGAGGAAAUGAGAUAAGGACACCAGUGACUCUGUCGACGCCUCCAUCAUCCACCAUCUUUGUCACUGUGGACACAAAGAGCUGGACGAGAGGAUGGUACACUCUGUGUCAUCGCUGUGAAAGAAAGCAACAACGGACUUUACAUCAUGUUUAUUUUUUUGGUUUUACUACGAUUAUUUAUGGGCAAUCGAGUUCAUUCCUCUUCCUUGAUUUGUAAAUAUCUGUGUCUGUACUGUUCUGUUGUGGGCUCUGGAUACAGGGAAAGAGACGUAUAUUGUAUUUAUAAGGAUAGAAAAAACGAAACAAACAAAAGUCUGUUAUAAAAAUAAAAAAAAGCUCAUGUCUUCUUGAAUGUGCCAACCUUUUUUAGUCAAAAAUGUAUACUCUUGGAAAAAGCAUUAACUGCUGUUGCACUCUCUUGUUGUCAUGGCAAAAACAACAAGAAAAUAUGAAGCACAAAGUGUGUUUGUUGGUCGGAAAAGCCAAAACGAGCGGG